AUGGCUUCCUCCAAUAUUCUGAAACUUUGUUUGCUCCUAUCUGCAAUCAGCUUGUCAAGAACAUGGGCUCUCAACUCUUCUUCUUAUAUGAAAUAUUCCCAAAAUUCGUCCUCCAUAGACUCCAUCUGCAAAACCACACCAUACCCAGAUGUCUGUUUUGACUCGGUGAAACUCUCCAUCGUAAUCAAUAUCUCAAUUGAGAUCAGUCCAAACAUCAACACCUUCCUCCUUUACACCCUCCAAAUCGCAAUAUUUGAGUCUGAACAGCUUUCCAAUCUGUUGUUGGAUGCUGGAAACUCAGACAAUAUCAUUGAAAAUCAAACAGGAACCAUACAGGACUGCGAGGAACUCCAACAAAUCACCAUGUCUUGUUUACAAAGAUCGGUGUCCCUAAUCCAGGACGACGCACCCAUUAAACAACGGAAACUAGCCGAUGCAAUAGCUUACCUUAGCGCAGCACUCACAAAUAAGAACACAUGCUUGGAGGGCUUGGAUUCAGCUGCGGGUCCUUUGCUGCCAACCCUACUAAGUUCCAUAGAUUACACAUACAUGUAUGUAAGUAAUGCUCUUUCCAUUCUGUCUAGCCAAAAAAGCCAUAAUCAAAGGCGCCUCAUGGAGAUGGGUGUUCCAACGUGGAUUUCAAAGAAAUCAAAGAGUCGGACUCGGAUAUUGGAGAGUAAAUAUGACCCGAGUAAGGUGCUGACUGUGGCUGCUGAUGGAACUGGAAACUUCACCACCAUCACUGAUGCUGUCAACUUUGCUCCAAACAAUAGCAAUGAUAGAACACAUAUCCAUGUGAAACAAGGGGUUUAUGAGGAAAAUGUGGCAAUCCCAAGUUACAAGCAAAACAUUUUUCUGCAUGGAGAAGGAACUGAUGCCACUAAAAUUACUGGUAGCAGAAGUGUGGGCGAUGGCUGGACCACUUUCAGAUCUGCGACUCUUGCAGUGUCUGGUAAUGGCUUUCUAGCACAAGACAUAUAUAUUGAGAACAAUGCUGGAGCAAAGAAACAUCAAGCAGUUGCCUUGAGAGUAAAUGCAGACUUUGUAGCAUUGUACAGGUGUUCCAUAAUUGGAUAUGAGGAUACAUUGUAUGUCCAUUCCUUUCGACAAUUUUACCGAGAGUGUGACAUAAUGGGCACUAUAGAUUUCAUAUUUGGGAAUGCAGCAGUUGUAUUUCAAGAGUGUAACAUUAUUUCUAGAAUACUAACCACAAGCCAAUUCACAGUUAUCACAGCACAAUCUCGUGAUAGCCCGGAUGAGGACACUGGAAUCUCCAUCCAGAAUUGUUCGAUUGUUGCUGAAGAGGAUUUGCAUCCUAAUUCUAUCAGAGUGAAAAGCUACCUAGGAAGGCCAUGGGGGGAGUACUCUCGGACAGUUUACCUAGAAUCCUACAUUGCCAACUUUAUUGAUCCAACUGGGUGGAAGCAGGGGUCCAAUAAUGAUGAUGAAGUAUCAAAAACUUUGUAUUAUGGGGAGUAUGACAAUGAUGGGCCUGGCUCAUCAACAGAUGGUAGAGUUUCUUGGCCAGGGCAUCAAAUAAUGGAUACUAAAAAUGCAUAUAAUUUCACUGUGUCAGAGUUCAUUAAUAAUGGUGAUGAAUGGUUGGAUCUCACUUCAUUUCCUUACGAUGAUGGGUUUAAACUUUAA